AUGGGAAUGAAGGCCAAGCCUCACCACCACCACCAUUGCAAUGGCAAUGGCGGUGGGGGCGGAGGUGGAGGUGGGAACGGCAGCGAGAGCAGCAGCAGCACAUCACCCAGCCCACCACCGUCACCCCGCCGACACUCCAGCACACUCUCCCACUGCCGCCGGAAGCUCCGGUCCAAACCCAUCUCCGUCGUCGCCGGAUUUCUUCUCCUCCGUCGAUUCCUUCGGUUACUGGUGGUGCUGCCUCUGCUCUACGUCUCUGGGCUUAUCAUGUGUGUCGGCCCGUUCUCUGGUCUGAUGGGCCAUACCCCUCUUCCCGGUUCUGUGUACCGUAGUCACGAAAUGUUUGAGCUGCUCUGGCCUCACAUUCAGGCUGAUAAUUCCACCCCAAUUGAGUUGUCUUCUGUGUGGAGAUACAGAAGAAAGCUGAAAGAGCAGAAGCCAUGCCCGCCUUCGACUGCUGGACUACAGUUAGAGUCCCCUGGCCCUAGUGUUUACUUGAUUGUGGAGGCUAAUGGUGGUCUUAACCAACAACGCUCUGCGAUUUGCAAUGCCGUGGCUCUUGCUGGACUCUUGAAUGCAAUUCUUGUUAUUCCUAACUUUGAAUUUCAUAAUGUUUGGAGGGAUCCAAGCACUUUUGGUGAUAUAUAUGAUGAAGAUCAUUUCAUAGCCACCCUUGAAGGCCAUGUUAAAGUGGUUAAAGAGCUACCGGAGAUGGUAUUGGAGAGAUAUGAUCACAGCAUCGCAAACAUACCAACCCUUCGUGUCCAAGCUUGGGCUCCUGUGCGUUAUUACAAAGGAGAAGUUUAUCCUAUCCUGCAGAGGCAGGGGGUUAUCCGCAUAGCUCCAUUUGCUAAUAGAUUAGCAAUGAAUGUCCCACCUUCUAUUCAGCAUUUAAGAUGCCUUGCCAAUUAUGAUGCAUUGAAGUUCUCUUCUCCCAUAUCAAAUUUGGCAAGGAAACUAGUUGAACGAAUGACUGAGAUGAGUUCAAGGACUGGUGGAAAGUAUGUUUCGAUCCACCUCCGUUUUGAGGAGGACAUGGUGGCAUUCUCAUGUUGUUUGUAUGAUGGGGGAGAGGCUGAAAAUAGUGAAAUGAAUUCAAUUCGACAAAAAGGAUGGGGAGAUAAGUUCAAACGAAAAGGCCGUGUAACUCUGCCUGGUCUCAAUCGGAUUGAUGGAAAAUGCCCACUAACCCCCUUGGAGGUUGGAAUGAUGCUGCGGGGUAUGGGGUUUGAUAAUAGCACUUCAAUUUAUUUAGCCUCAGGAAAAAUCUACUGGGCAGAGAAACAUUUAGCCCCUCUGCUAAAGAUGUUUCCCUAUCUGCAUACAAAGGAGUCUCUUGCAACCCCAGAUGAGCUUGCUCCUUUUAAGGGAUAUUCUUCGAGAUUGGCAGCUUUGGAUUAUACAGUAUGCUUGUCUAGUGAGGUUUUUGUAACAACACAGGGUGGGAACUUCCCACAUUUCCUAAUGGGUCAUCGGAGAUUCCUUAAUGGUGGACAUGCCAAGACUAUUAUACCUGAUAAGCGCAAGCUUGUUGUUUUACUGCAUGACAUGAGUAUCAGCUGGAAAGAUUUCAAACUUGAGAUGGAAGCAAUGCUCACGGAAAGUGACCGCAAGGGAAAGAUAAUACCUAGAGUGAAAAAAUUCACCAAAAAAUCUUCUGUAUACAGCUACCCUUUGCCAGAUUGUGGGUGUCUCCAAAAACACAAUAGCACUGGGAUUGACCCAUCUGCCCAUUCUUGA